AUGUUCGUGUUUGUGUUUCAGGUAAUCGUCUUGUUCGCCCUCGUCUCGGUGGCAUUGGCUGUCCCAGCUACUGAAAAUGAAGUAAUAGAAAUCGUAAAACAAAGGGUGGCCGAACCAGCCCCAGAUGGUAGCUACAGUUACGAAUACGAGACAGCUAAUGGCAUUCAUGUAUCUGAAGAAGCACAAGUUAGAACCCAGGGUGAAGAGCUUUUGAAACAGGUCACUGGAACCUUCACGUAUACUUCUCCAGAUGGUACUCCAGUCCAUGUUACUUACACUGCUGAUGCCAAUGGAUUCCAUCCUGAGGGUGCACACUUACCAGUUCCACCAGAAAUACCAGCACAUAUCCAGAGGGCUCUUGAAUACAUCGCCACUCACCCACAAGAAAAUGUUGAAAAUUGA